AUGGCGCCCGGCCGCGCCCGACACCAGGGACCCACCCCACCCCACCCACUGGGCGAGCAGCGGGGCCUGACCCCACCGCCGUUUAGAAAAGGGGAGCGGAAGAACGCCGGCCGAAUCGUUUUUUUUUUUUUUUUUUGCGCUAAGAAAGGUGGCGAAAUUUUCGCCGAAACCGGGGCUUCCAGUUUUGCGGAAAGUUUCGGCGACACCGCUCCAAACGAGGACCCCGUGCCCGCGCCAAAGCCGGAAGUCGAAGAGCGAAGGCAGCGUUCCCUGAUGGCGUUUUGUUUGAUUGCCGCGGCCUCCGGGGUCUCUCGUGUGGAUUUUUGUGGGGGCCAAAAGAAAAAAGAAAAAAAACACUCUCUCCAGGCCUUUCUUUUCCCCCUGGAAAAAAAGAAACGUAUUAAAUUAAUAUUGAUGGUUUUUCUUUUUAUCACUGCCACCUAG